UCCCCGUUUCUCCCUCUCUCUCUCUCUCUGAAUGCCAUGCCUUCCAAGCUGCUAUCUUCCACCGUCUUCCCAUUGCUCGUCUUGCUAACGUGCGCACUUAUUUUCCUCUACACGCACCUUCUCCCUCUCUACUCUCCACCACCUCCUCCAAACCUUUCCUUUCCCAAUUACAGAACCUACCUUCCAUCUUUCCUCAAAUCCCAAUCCUACCCCUGCAAUCUUUCCCAGGGUCGUUGGAUUUUCGAUCCGCACUACAGACCCACCUACGGCCCUGAUUGCCCGUUCCAUCGCAAUGCCUGGAACUGCCUCAGGAACCAGAGAGACAACAUGAGCAGGAUCAAUUCGUGGAGGUGGGUCCCACACGGCUGUGAUUCCCCUCGCAUCGACCCGGCCGGGUUCCUGGAAUCGAUGCGGAACCGGCGGAUCGGGUUCGUCGGGGACUCCCUGAAUGAGAAUUUCUUGGUGGCGAUGCUCUGUUUUUUGCGGGCGGCAGAUGGCGGGGCGAAGAAGUGGAAGAGGAAGGGAGCUUGGAGGGGAGGGUAUUUUCCAAAGUAUAAUGUGACGGUCGCUUACCAUCGGGCUGUUUUGCUCGCCAAAUAUGAGUGGCAGCCUACAAAACCUUCAGAUCUCUCAGGCCAAGAUGGAUUGAAGGGAAUUUAUCGAGUGGAUGUGGAUAUUCCUGCAGAUGAUUGGGUCAAUAUCACCAAGUUCUAUGAUGUUCUUGUGUUCAAUACGGGGCACUGGUGGGGCCUUGAUAAAUUUCCGAAAGAGACACCGCUUGUAUUCUACGAGGAAGGAAAACCUAUUCUUCCCCCACUUGGGAUAUUUGAGGGACUCCAAGUUGUCCUAAACAGCAUGGUGUCUUACAUAGGAAGAGAAGUCCCUCAUGGGACCAUCAAGUUUUGGCGGACGCAGUCCCCAAGGCAUUUCUACGGUGGGGAUUGGAAUCAAAACGGAAGUUGCUUGUUCGACGAGCCUAUUGAAGAAGGCCAGCUCGAUGCUUGGUUCGAUCCCAAGAACAGAGGAGUUAACAGGGAGGCGAGAGAAGUGAAUCGUCUGAUUGAAUGGGCAGUACGGGGCACAGAUAUUCAGUUUCUCGAUCUGACCCACUUGAGCGAAUUCAGAGCCGAUGCUCAUCCAGCAAUUUGGUUAGGUAAGAAGGAUGCGGUGGCGAUCUGGGGCCAGGAUUGCAUGCACUGGUGCCUACCUGGUGUGCCCGACACAUGGGUCGAUAUCUUGUCAGCACUGAUCUUAUACCACUUGGAAACAGGGUGAUGGGUGAUAAAGAAGACAAUGGUUGUCCUUAUUGGAAGAGAAAAAACGUCAACUUAUUCUCCAUUUUAUUAAUCUGGGAGAGCUAUGGCCAAGAUUGGAGAAGUUGGUUAUUUCAAGGUGGAAGGGAGCUUUGGACGGUGGACGUUUGGAGAGAGAUAAGCUACGCUGUUUCUUAGUGGUGGGCCAUGAGAAAGGAAUGUGAUAUCAAGGGUGCCUGAUUGAGGUUGGCUUUUCCUUUUAUCCUUUUGGGUGAAUGGUUCAUUUUUGUUUGAUUUCUUGAGUCAUGUCCUGUUAAUUUUGAGAAGGCCUUUGAAGAGAGAAGAAUGAUCCAACGCCAAAUCACCACAGCGAGUGCUCGUGAUGGGUGCGUGUUUCAUCGCCUCCAAUAAAGAUGGGAUGGUGAAGGGGAUAUGUGGGGCCCACUUGAUCUCCCCUCAUCAGAAGUUGAAGCAUGGGGUCUCCUAGACUUUUCCCAUCGCUGUACAUCUUAGUCAGGUGGUGAUAAAUUUCACCUAUAGAGAAGCUUUGCUGUCGGUGUUUCACACUGGAUGUUGUGGAUUGCAAACAUGAAGCAUGGGGUGAAUUACCACUCUGUAUCUGUUAGUUUACUCAAUGGUGACUAAUGUUUACAUGCA